GGUUUGUUUCGAUUAGUAGUCGACCCAUGCUCUCGCCAAAGAUUGCAGGGUCGGAUAUAGCUGCCUGUAGCCUUCGCACCAUGCCACCGUCUGCGCAACUUUCGGAAAAAGGUAGCCCAAGUGUGUCAUUUGCAUGCGCGCAAUGAUAGUACGCGUGUCAACGGCAAUAGCGAGCGCGAUGCCCGAAUGUACGUUGCAAUCGAGUCGCACAAUAUGCAUAGCUCGUGUUGAGGAGCAUACGGCGUACAGGCUGCAGCGUUCCCGUGUGCAGUAUGGAUAGCAGUGACCCUCUCCCUGUAGGGCGCGGGCUGUAGGCUCCCAGGUCUACUAUCACUGGUGUGUUUUCGAGACAACCAGCAUCAUGCGGACGGUCUUUAAGAGGGCGAAAACUCCGCAUCUCAAUCUUGGCAAGUCGCCAGGUGUCGCUCCUAGGCCAGGGGCACCGCGUGAGUGCGGUAUCGCCGAUGAAGCGACGAGAGCAUAUUAUUGACUUUGUAUGCCCAAGACUCCCCCGGCUCCUGUCGCAUGAUAUAGCGCAGAGAGGCUGUACAACUACAGACUCUUCGCACAUCAGAGUAUGAAACCAUCCUGAGUACCCUAGGAGAGACAAGGAUUGCAGCAAAUCAUAGACCUAAGCUUCCAUGGACCGUGCCUAUGCGUCCUAUCCAUUCCGAGCUGCGAAGGCGUUGUAUCAUUGUGAGCAAAAGCUAUUCCAGAAUCAGCUAGUGCGAAAGCUGAUUUGAAGCACAUGUAGGAGGAGGUGGGAUCAUAAAGCACUAGCCAUGGCACAACAAAGUCGUUAGAUCAGCCGACCUCCCAGAACACUGGAACCUUGUCCUCUUCACCCAUCACAUUCUUCACGCCCACAUUAUGCAGUCGAAGCAACUGGAGGCAGCAGCGACGACAGGCUCAGUUAUUGUGAACUGGACAGGUCCACAGGAUCCAGACAGACCAUGCAAUUGGUCUAUAGCCCGAAAAUGGUCGAUUGUUGUAACAACAACGUUGAUGACCUUCGUAGUUUCGUUUGGGAGUAGUGUCUUCUCCGCCAUCAUCGAAGAGACAAGGAAUGAGUUUGAGACAACUGCAAAGAUAACGACUCUGGGAAUCUCCUUAUAUGUCCUCGGAUUCGCAAGUGGGCCAUUGAUAUUCGGUCCAGCCAGCGAACUAUAUGGGCGUACGCAACCGCUCUGGCUGGGAUAUGUUGGCUUCCUGAUCUUCCAAGUCGCACUCGGUGUUGCCAAGGAUAUCGAAACCGUCCUCAUCGUCCGCUUCUUCGCUGGCAUGUUUGGAUCUGCUCCCCUCGCCAUCACUGGUGGCAUGUACGUCGACUUCCUCGACCCUGUUGGACGGGGUCUAGCCACAGCCAUAUUCAGUAUCGGUGUCUACUGCGGUCCAGUCACAGGACCCAUUGUCGGCAGUCUCAUCAUCAGGCGCCUCUCCUGGAGGUGGACUGCUUGGAUUACGUUGAUCGCAGGUUUCUUCGUCUUUGUACUGGCAUUCAUGUGCACACCUGAGACAUCCGAAGCCGUGCUGCUGAAGAGGAAGGCGCAGAAGCUGCGCUUCGAGACCUUUGACUGGGCCUUACACGCCAAGAGCGAAGAGACACCGACCUCCGCGCGAUACUUCGUCGAGAAGUACCUCACGAAGCCUGUUAGAAUGUUCAUCUCGGAGCCAAUUUUGAUCAUCUUCACGCUGUACAUGAGCUUGGUGUACGGCAUCCUGUAUCUUUCGCUUACGCUGUACCCCUUUGCGUUCCACAUCACGCGUGGAUGGGCGCCUCUUGUAGCAAGCCUGCCAUUUCUCGGGGUCUUGCUGGGAAUCAUGGUGGCGUGCGUGAUCAUUGGCGCGCACAGCGUCUGGCACGGCAAGCGUCUCCAAGCGGGCGCGGUCAUGGCGCCGGAGGAUCGGCUACUGCCAGUCAUUCUGGGAGCAAUUCUGCUGCCUGCAGGUCUCUUCACCUUUGCAUUGACAUCCAACACCAGCGUCUCGUGGAUCCCCCAGGUCCUAUCAGGAGCGCCAAUCGGGUGUGGUAUCGUACUCGUCUUUAUGUGCUCCAAUUUAUACAUCAUCGAGGUCUACCUGUACGAUGCCAACAGUGCACUGGCCAUCAAUGUCCUCCUGAGAAGUAUCGUGGCAGCGGCAUUUCCCGUCCUGAGCACAGAAAUGUUCAGCAGCAUGGGCGUGCGGUGGUCAGGCAUUAUGCUGGGGCUGAUAUGCGUCAUGCUGGCGCCGUUUCCCAUAGUUUUGAUCAAGUACGGAUCCAGGGUCAGAGCGUGGUCCAAGUUUGCUAGAGAAUAA